AUGAAAGUAAAAAUAAAUUACGAGCUAUCUGCGUUCAAGAAGUGGGAGAGGGUGUUCAAACCGUUCCGAGUUAGCAAAAAGCACUUCAAGGAAUUGGUUCGAGAAGCUGUGGUAAUGAAUCUGGAAGAAGGCGACAUUUAUGCCGUGGAAGAUGUCAGUCCAGCUGACGAAAGAUUGUCGAUUUUGCUCAAAGGAAGGUUAAGAGUAACCUGUGAUGAUACCCAUCUGCACUUCAUCAAUAUGCAUCAGUUUGUUGACUCUCCUGAGUGGGAAGCCAAUCACGAACAAUCAGAUGACGUUUUUCAAGUGACAAUCACCGCUGAAGAAGACAGUGUUUAUUUGUGCUGGCCUCGAAUGAAGCUGGAAAGAGUGUUGAGACACAGACCGAUGCUCAAAGUUGUGUUGGAUGCAAUCAUAGGAAAAGAUAUAACACAAAAACUAUACGCCCUAAACGAGCACCUGAGUGGGCUAAGCGAAGAGAGAGAAAGGGGAAAGAGAAAUAAAUUGUGGGCCAAAACACAUAGUCGAAGCAUGUCUUUGGAUGCCGUGAACACGGGAAAUACGGGGUUGGUGCGGUCUUCAGCUUACAGAACGUUAAAGAACACAGACCGAGGCUCCCUGGGGAAACUGGAAGCCCAGUGCUGGGUGCCGUUAGUGGCGAAACAGUUUCCCGUCAAGUCACCGUUCAACCCUCAGAAUUCCUCAACGAGUCUUCGAAUACCGGAAGUGCAUGCUAGCACCCCUCAAAGGAGUCGUUCGCUGAGGAGAGAAGUCAAAUUCGAAACGAGCAGAAAGUGAAUGUUUUUGAUAUUAAGUGUUUAUAUGUCUGAUCGUUAAAUGUAUCUGUUGCCGACAGACAGGUUGAUAAUUUUGUUUGAAUAUUCUAAAUAUUUACCGUACAGUUUUUACAUAAAUGAUCCAGGGCUGUUGAAUUUUUGGUGAUGAUAACACCACAGCCUGUUGAAUGUUUUUAUACUGAAGCACAACCCCUAAAAUGUCCGAUCAAAUACAAGUAGAGAUUUUUCAUUCGGAGGCACAGUUUUCAAAUGUUUUUUUUAUAUCUGUGGAACUAUGAGUAUGUAAAAAUGAGUUAUUACCCAUCUCAUUAAUUAUAAAAUUUUCUACGAAAAAAAGGUCUUCUGCUUUUUUUUCUCAGUUCCCCCUCACUAUCCUAGAAACGGUUUCAAGCAUUUUUCGAUAUCAUCUUUCGUUCGUGAGAUAUAGCCCAUUGUACGUUUUAAAAUUGACACACUGUAUAUUGUCUUCGAAUUGAACUUCAGAUUGCUCCCAAAUCCACCGUAUUCGCCAGAUUUGGCUCUCAGCGACUACUGGCUGUUCGCAGACCUCAACAAAAUGCUCACCGGUAGGAAACUCCGCUCGAAUGAAGAGGUUAACUGAAACUGAGACAUAUUUUUAGGCAAAAGAUAAAAAGUUCUACAAAAGUUCUACAAAAGCGUUUUUUUUUCUUAGGCCCGGGACUGUUCACACCAUGUGUUAUAUAAAGUCGUAUG